CAAUCCUAGGGAGGGAAGGGGUAAGAGGGGAAGAUCGCCAAAGGACAUAGCUAGUGAGAGGUCGAGCUCACCCCUACAGUCCCACUCAAACGUCGUAAACGGCUCAUCGACAGUUUCGUGUGCGCCGUUUCAUGCACGAGGAUGAUCCAAGCAGUGCCGAAGUAUUUACACGACAACAGACGAUCACUCUCAGCUGCCAAUCGUGCUACCUCCGUGUGUUGACCUCCUUCGGGGGAGGAAGCCCGACCCCAUCCCUCGUCAAAGCUGCCAUUCUGCAGAGCUUACGCCAGGUCUUCGGCAUUAUUGGUGGAGCAGUGCCUUUCGAGGUCCUGGAGGUGAAGGAAGGUACCAAUCAUUCAUUCUUGAAGGUGGACAAGAGGGAUUACGAAAAGCUCAGAGCAGCCGUCGCCCUCUUAACCACAUAUGAUGGCAGGGUCUGCAAUUUCCAGGUAGAAGCAGCCAGCCCAUUCCUGGCCUCCUUGGCUGUAGACAGCAGGGCGUUUGUAUCAAAGCUGCCAUUCCCCACGUGAAUUGAAGGCUUCGGUAGCAUUUGGCGUGCAGCAUGAGCUUUCUGACGCUGCUGCCUACAUUCUUUGGAGGCCACAAUCAUGCAUCACACCCCAGCGAGACACCAUCAAAGGGCGCUGACCUCGCAGAGAGUGUGCCAUUGAAGCUGAGGUCACGAAGCAAUGAUGUGGUGGACUUGGAGGCACAGGCAGGGCCAGCACCGCUCGCGUCACCACGCAUCAAGGCACACCACGGCGAGAGUACAGCACGGCAGCAGUUUCAGCACCAGCCACCCAGCCUCUUCAUGACUCUCCUGGUGGUUGCUGUCUGGUUUGCUUCCAACAUUGGCAUCGUGCUUCUGAAUAAGCACAUGCUGGGAGGAUAUGGGUUUCGCUACCCAGUGUUCCUCACCUUCUGUCACAUGCUGGCAUGCGUCAUCCUGUCUCAGGCAAGCCACGCUUCCUUUCUUGCAGCGAACGCCUCUGGGUUUGUGCGCGUCCAGCCUCUGCAGUCGCGCGUGCAGUUCUACAAGGUGUCUACUCUGGCCACGACCUUCCUGCUGUCCGUGGUCCUGGGCAACGUGGCCUUGCGCUACAUUCCAGUCUCCUUCAGCCAGGCAAUGGGCGCUGUGACACCAGCGAUGACAGCGCUGGCAGCGUUCAUGCUGCUGGGGACCAUGGAGCAGCCGCUGACCUACGCGACGCUCAUCCCUGUCAUGGUCGGCAUUGUUCUGGCGGCCGGAUUUGAGCCCGCCCUCAACGGCAUCGGCUUCCUGGCCUGCUUUGGCGCCAGCGGCGCCCGCGCUCUAAAAGCCGUCCUGCAGGGCAUCCUGCUCUCAGACCAGAGCGAGAAGCUGGACAGCAUGAACCUUCUGCGCCUCAUGUCCCCUGUGGCCCUCGUGCUCCUGCUGCCAGCCAUUGCUCUGCUGGAGCCUGGAGCGCCCUCCGUGGCCCUGCACCUGCUCACCAGCCAGCCGGGCUUCCUGCUGCUCAUCGUGGGCAACUCCUCGCUCGCCUACAUCGUCAACUUCACCAACUUCCAGAUCACCAAGUACACCUCGGCUCUCACGCUGCAGGUCCUGGGCUGCGCCAAGGGCGUUGUGGCGACAGUGGUGUCCGUGCUGCUCUUCAGGAACCAAGUCACUGCCCUGGGCGCUCUAGGCUAUUUCUUGACAGUGGUGGGAGUCUUUGCUUACAGCUGGACCAAAAAGAGCGCAGCCAAGCAGUGA